AUGAAUUGGUUACCUGAGGAGGAUUUCAAAGGUCUCUCUGAUAAUUUCUUUGAUGAUCUCAUCAAUCAAAUCGAUUUUCCGCUAGAAGACAUUGAUACCACCAAUGCUGAGGGAGAUUGGGAAGCCAAAUUUCAAGAACUUGAGCCUCCGCCCAUGGAUAUGUUCCCGAGCUUGCCCUCUGAGUUCGCCUCUUGUGGCAUUACCAAGGGUGGCCGUGUGGGGAUUCAGAAGACCGUACCCAUUUUGAAACAGUCCAGUUCUUCUGAAGCCUUGUCUGGCAAAAAUAGCACUGUCAACCAAUCUUCAUCACCUCCUGAUAUCAAAGUCUCAAAGCUAUUUCAGUCUUCAAGUCCAGUGUCGGUUCUCGAGAACAGUGACGGUUCUUUCUCGCCCCAGAACUCUCGAACUCAGAUAUUUUCUUUCCCUGUGAAAGGCAUAAGAAGCAAGCGCAAACGCCGCUCAACAACACUGGGACUUAGAUACCUUCUCCCUUUUGAACCCAGGAAGCCUGAGAAGUCAACUCUGGGCGAAUCAGAAUCCGAGAGUUACUACUCUUCUGAGCAGCAUGCCAAGAAGAAACGCAAGAUCCCGCUGACCAGCCACAUGGUGUCUUCCAGUUUAGAGGCAAGUUACUCGGAUGGGAUAGUGCGGAAAUGCUCUCAUUGUGAGACAACCAAGACCCCGCAGUGGAGGGAAGGACCCAAUGGACCAAAGACUCUCUGCAAUGCUUGCGGAGUCCGGUUCAGAUCUGGCCGUCUAGUUCCAGAAUACAGACCAGCUUCAAGCCCGACCUUCAUCCCAUCUGUGCAUUCAAACUCACACAGGAAGAUCAUAGAGAUGAGAAGGAAGGAAGACGGUCAGUUUGAUACCAGCAUGAAUCACGCGGUGAUAUCCGGAGCAUAA